AUGGGUGCAACAGCCUCUUCACUAGGAAUAAUCAUUGAUCUUAAAGAGAAACCAACUGAUGAUGAAUAUCAUGCAUAUAGAGGUAGAGGCAUUAAAGCCAAAAGAUCUGAAGAGCCACAAGGAUCUAAUUUCUACAAAUACACCUAUGCGGUUCCUACUGGAGGAAGUUUUACAGUAAAGGAGAUCAAAGAUGAUAAUGGUAAAAAGGUUGAUGUUUCUGAGCUUAAAGGUGUUCCCAAAGUAACAUCAGUUUUUGCCUAUUAUUGGAGGUAUGACAAAACUGGCCAGAAGCCAACAAAGGCCCUCCUGAUAGGGGCCACUGCUGGUAGCAGACCUAAGAAUAAAAUUAAGUAUUAUGCCAGGGGUAGUGACACUCUUAAAUGGUAUUCCCCCACCAUCAGUUUUUUCUUUUCUAAUCAACAUCUCACCGGUGAACUUCUUGAGAAGGAACUUGAUGACCUUACCUGUGAACAUAACAAUGCAGUUACCAUAAAUCUUACCGAGACUCAUUCUGAAAAUCAUCGCAAUGGACAGAAGUACUGUUGCGGUUACCAUAAUAGUAAGAAUGAGGCUAAGGUUACUGUGACAAAACAAGAAGUUUCCUGUGGAGAAGGUGGUCACGACUCAAUUCAUAUCCCUUACUUCAAACAUGAGAUUUACGAUGGAAGUAGUAGACUUACAAAGAUAAAGUACUACGAAAAUGGUAAUCAAAGAAAGAGAAUUAAACUAAAAGACCAUGACUUUCCCAUAGAUAGCCCGCUGACUCUUUAUUUUUUCUACUGCACAGGGAAUUAUCCAAAAUUGAUAUAUAUCAAUGGUACUGGAAAAAAGCAAGUUAAUGGUUGGUUCAAAAAACCUGAUAAUAGUGAUAGUAAUGGAGAUGAACAGUGGGAAAAAGUUCCUGGUCUCCCCGAUAAAGGUCCAGAAAGCAUUAUAGACUGUGACAAAUAUAAUCAACUUGUGGAGGUACUAAACAAGAUUUCUGGAUAUAACAGCUAUCAAAAGUGUCCUGGGCCUAAAGUUUCUGAAUCUGAUCAACCUGAAGAAACUCCUACUGAAUUCAGUACUGAAAAACUUGAAGCCGAUUCUCUUGGAACUUCUCAGCUCUCUCGUGAUGAUUCUACUUGGACUUUAAUUGGGGUUUCAACUGGAGUUGGUUUGACCUUUGGCACAGUCUAUCUUGUAGGAUGGAAACUUUAUAAACGUUAUAAACAGUCUGACCGUUGGAUUAGACAGAUCUAA